UUCUCUUGUGUUGGGAGCACAGAGAGCCUUUCGAUCAUGAGCUUCACUGGAAAGUACGAACUCCAGUCCCAGGAAAAUUUUGAGCCUUUUAUGAAAGCCCUUGGGCUUCCCGAUGACCAGAUCCAGAAGGGCAAGGACAUCAAGAGCAUCUCAGAAAUCGUGCAGGAUGGGAACAAGUUCAAGGUCACAGUGACCACUGGCUCCAAAGUGAUGCACAACGAAUUCACCAUUGGGGAGGAGUGCGAGAUCGAGACGCUGACGGGAGAGAAAAUCAAGGCUAUUGUUCAACUGGAGGGUAACAACAGACUGGUUGCAAACAUGAAAGGGCUGAAAUCCGUCACUGAACUCAACGGAGACACCAUCACCCAUACAAUGACCAUGGGAGACCUUACCUACAAGAGAAUUAGCAAGAGAAUCUAGAAACCCUCACACUCCAAUCAUUUUACUGUGUAAAAUGUGUUCAUUAAAGUAAAAUUUGUAUUAAAGGCCUCUUCAUUGUCAUCAGUCUCUACCCUGUUUCU